AUGGGACUCAAUGAUUCAUACUGUGGUGCUAGGGGUAACAUUCUUAUGAUUUCACCUUUACCCACUAUUUCUAAUGCAUAUGCACUGUUAGUCCAAGAAGAAAAACAAAGAGAAGUUCACAACACACCAAAAUACCCAGGAGAGUCAUCUUCUUUUGUUGCUGCAAACCAGGGAAAUUUCCCACAAAAACCCUUUGCUACUGAUUUCAGAACACAAAAGACAUAUUAUGACAACAAGAAAUCUGGUAGCAUUUGUAAGUACUGCAAGAAACCAGGUCACUCUAUUGAGAAAUGCUACAAACUUCAUGGGUUUCCACCUAAUUUCAAAUUUACUAAGCAGCGAAAUUUUCAGAACUCAAUUCAGGGUAAUGCAGUGUCUUCUAAUGAGAAUUCUGGGGAAGUGUUCAUGUCUAAUGCAGAAACAGGAGAACAAGGGAAACUUCUUUCUCCUGAGCAGUUGGCACAAGUAAUGCAAAUGCUUCAACAUGUGAAAAAUGGAGAUCAAAGCACUGUUUCUGAUGGUAUGGCAUCUGUGAAUUGUGCUGGUGCAACUGAACACAUGAGUUACAACAAGUCUUCCUUCUUUAAUUUUAAACCUUUGCCUAAAAUCAUAUCUGUUAGUCUACCUAAUUCUCAGAAAGUUAAAGUUUCUCAUAUAGGACAGCUUUCUAACAUAGUAUUUUUCACCUCUUCUCAUUGUUUUAUGCAGGGCCCUUCAAUGAAGAGCCCAAUGCUCCUUGGUGAAAGUCAGAAUGGUCUUUACAUCUUCAAGCAUAGAAUUCCAGUGGUUUCUUCUUCUACAGAUUCCAGCUCUAGAGUUUCUAGUUUAGUUUCUAAGUCUGUUUUUAAUUCCCAGAAGGAUAUUGUAUCCAGUUUAGCUUCUAAGUCAGUUUUCAAUUCCCAGAAGGAUAUUGUAUCCAAUUUAUCUUCUAGUUCUUUUUCUGUUACUAAAAGCAGAAAUGUGAUUUUUUAUGAAGAUAUUUAUCCUUAUGCUACUGCCCAGUCUAAUGUUCCUAUAUUUCCUUUUGAUGAACCCAUACAAUCUAAUCUUCCAUCUUCUUUGCCUUCUAUGCCUGAGCCUUUAACUCCUACAGUUUCUACUCCUACAACUAAUGCACAGCCUGAUUCCCCUCUGUUACCUACCACUUCUCUACCUAAUGAUUCCUCACCUCUUACACCUAAUUCCAAUUCCAAUCCCCAGAGUACACCACCUUCUUCUUCACCUAAUGAGUCUUCUACUGCUCCAAUCUCUCUAGUCCCUAAUCCUAUUAUACUAAGACAAUCUACCAGAUCAGUGAAAACCCCUGCUUACUUAGAAGAUUAUAUCUGUAACAGUGUUCGUCUCUCUAAUGUUUCUGAUGCCUGUUUUUCUUCAUCUAUCUCUUCUCCUCCUUUUGCAUUUUCCGCACUUUCUAAUGCUAAUCAAGAAUACAUCAACAGUUUAUCACAAAUCAAAGAACCCUCAACUUUUUCUCAAGCUAUUCUUUACCCAGGAUGGCAGGAUGCCAUGACCAAAGAAUUGGAAGCUUUGAUCUCAAAUGACACAUGGGAAGUAGUCACUUUGCCUCCAGGAAAGCGAGCACUUCCCUCAAAGUGGGUUUAUAAAGUUAAAUUAAAAUCAGAUGGUACUGUUGAGAGGCUUAAGGCACGUUUGGUUGUGCGAGGUGAUAUACAACAAGCAGGAGUUGAUUUUACAGAAACUUUUAGUCCUGUCGUCAAGAUUACUACUAUCAGAUGUGUCUUGGCCAUUGCAGUUAAGAAAAAUUGGGGUCUCUAUCAGCUUGAUGUUAAUAACGCGUUUCUACAUGGUGAGUUAGACGAGGAAGUCUACAUGAAAUUUCCAGCUGGGUUACAAGUUGUUGAUCCUACCCAAGUUUGUCGAUUAAAGAAUUUACGGGUUAAAACAAGCUUCGCGUCAAUGGUAUUCAAGACUAACAGCUGCUUUGAGUUUUAA